CUUCCAGGAUGGAUGGGAUGUAGAGACUCACCUGCCCUCACCACAGAGCCGAUCUCCAUCCAACAUGGCCGAGCCUAAAAGCAUCUCCAGCGAGCCCAUGCCCCUGGACAUGGACAACCGAGACCCUAACAACAUGAACGAGCACGUCAGAGUCCUCUUUGAAGAUGCCUUCGGAGAGCCGGAAGGGUCGCACAGUAUCCCGGGCGUCUGGGGGAUGUCCUACAAGACGUUCAACGGGGUGAAGAACUGCUGUUACAUCGUGCUGUCCGUGCUGUGCGGUUGCCCGCUGGCCUUCUGCUGGGCGUUGGAGUUCGCCUGCGUCCAGUGCUGCCACAUCUGGUGCGUCGGGCCCUGCAUACGCAUGUGGAACAUGAACUUCGCCUGUAUGAAGCUGUUCUGGGCCUCCUGCGUCCACUGUCUGUGCGACCCGUGCCACAAGUCCCUCGGCCUUUGCCUCAGUUUAAUCAAGGUCCACAAAACGGAAGGAUAAAACGGACUGAUGACCCCACCGACACCCAUCUCCGAAA